GCAAAAUCAAGAGAAAAAAACAAAGGAAGGAAGGAAGGAAGGAAGAAAGAAAUGGGAAGCAGCAAGCCGCUGGGAACGACCGGAGAGUUUUUCAGGAGGAGGGACGAGUGGAGGAAGCACCCGAUGCUCUCGAAUCAGCUCCGCCACGCCACUCCCGGCCUCGGCAUCGCUCUCGUCGCCUUCGGCGUCUACUUGGUCGGCGAGCAGUUCUACAACCGCGUCAUCUCUCCUCCUCCCUCCUCUUCCCACUGAGAUUGGCUGCUCAGCAAGAGGAAUCGAGUCUGGAGUUUCGUCCUUCAGUGCUUCUUUCUGGUUUUGAAAUUCAAUAAAAAGUAUUCACUAUAGCCUUUUGAAUAUGAAGUUUGGAUGGUGCAAAAGUGAAUUGAUUGAUGAUAAGUUUUUUAAAUUUGGUUAUUUUGGGAAGCCUAGCUGCACCAAACAUACCCGUAGUACGUGAACCAUUGCCACUUCGAAAUUGAUGACAUGACUGUUGUGACAUGUUAGGAUUGAGAAGUAACUCAUAUUGACAGUUGGAGUAAAUUUUCCAACAGUCAACAUUAGGUCAUCGAUUCAAUUCCAGGGAGAAAAAGCACCAUGACGCCGGAAUCGCAACCUCCCUCGUCAUUUGCUUCUCCGCACAGCAAAAUAAACCGGAGACGGUGAUAGUGAGAGAAGAGCGUUUCGGUGAUUUUUUGGCUGGUGGCAAGGGUAAAAGGAUGGGUGCCAGUAUGCUGAAACAAUAUCUACCGCUGUUGAGCCAGCCGAUUGCAUUGUACAGCUUCUAUACUUUCUCGCGGAUGCCUGAAGUGAAGGAAAUCAUUGUAGUUUGUGAUCCUUCCUACAGGGAUGUGUUUGAAGAUGCCAGGGAUAAGAUCCAGAAGGAACAUAAUUUACGAAACAAUAGUCACCUUGAUCCGGAAGAAUUCUAUUUGUUAAUCUUCCAAGGAAAGGCUUUUGAUUUGACCUCUGAGCUUGUUCGCAUCCAUGGUUCUGCAAGACCUCUGGUAUCAACAGGAGAUGUUGAGAAGAGAGGUCCUUGAGGUGACUGAUGACGUGUCUAUUGUUGAGCACCUUCCACAUCCUGUCUACAUCACUGAAGGAUCUUACACCAAUAUCAAGGUUUCAACCCCAGAUAAUUUAUUACUUGCAGAAAGAAUAUUGAGUAUGGACACUGAAAAGUCUUCCGGAUGAUAAUCUUGACAUUUGUCUUCGAAUCAUUUCGAAGUGGCUUGAUUCAUUCAACAGCUUCCCUUGCUGAGAUAUGCAGCUAUUGCGAAUCAGCAGUAAACUUUUACGUAGGUAGCUUGGCUAAGAACCAAUUUUUGUCGAGUCAAUCAUAAAUUUAUGCGGAAAAGUAUAUAAAAUGGAAAACUUGGUUAGUCUACAACCUGACGAAUGGGUUUACAUGAACAUAAGUUUAAAAGAUGAUCAACAUAAGUUUAGAUUUUUUUUAGGGGAUCCAGCAACAUAUCAAAUAUCCAAGCAUUUCCCUUGCGUUUUUGCUGGUGUAUACGCAAGACCUCACUGGCUCUCCAUCAUGACGUCCUUAUCUUCUUUCUUGGCCUGCGGUCUCCUUAACAUGUAUGGACAAUGUGUCUCUUAGGACUGCCAGCGACUUACUUUGUUUACCGGAACCGUG